ACCUGAACGUGCUGCGUCAUGACGUACUCCUGCGUUAGGAUCUGUUCUGCGCUUCGUCAUCGCUGUGGGUCCGGAUAGCAGUGACAGGCGCCUGGCUGUGGGAGAGCUCCAGGCCGGCGACAUGCUGUGGUUUCAGGGCUCCAUACCGGAGGCCAUUGCAGCGGCCAAACAGAUGAGCUCCGUGUUUGUCGUGUUCGUGGCGGGAGACGAUGAGCAAUCCAAACAUAUGGAGGAGAGCUGGAUGAAUAAUGAUGUUGUUCGAACGGCUUCAGAUGGUUUUGUUGCUAUAAAGAUUGACAGUCAGAGUGAGACCUGCCUUCAGUUUUCCCAGAUUUAUCCUGUGGUGUGUGUCCCAUCCAGCUUCUUCAUUGGCGAGAACGGAAUUCCACUGGAAGUGAUUGCUGGCAGUAUAGCUGCAGAGGAAUUAAUAGCAAAGAUAACCAAAGUUAAACAGAUGAACACUGGAAAAAAUGAUAGGUUACCAGAAGACGCCAACCUGUCUACCAAUUCUCAAGUGAGUUGUUCUACUGAAUCGUGUACUGUGUCUCAGUGUGAUCUACAAUCAGAAGAUUCAGCACCUGCAGAGGCACAGCCUAUACCCCCAGUGACUUCAUCAGCCCAAGGCGAGGAUUCACCCGCUGACCAAACAGAGCAGCUUCAGGAAGAUGCCAGUGGCACGACAUCCAAAGACACAACAGAAGAAAUACAAAGGCUAGCCUCACUGCUGGAAAAUAAAAUGGAGAAGAAAAAGAAGGACGAGCAAGAGAAAGAGAUCAAGAGGGAGGUUGAAAGGAGAAAAGUGGGUAAAGAUAUGCUGGAGUAUAAAAAAAAACAGGAGGAUGAGCAGGCCAAACGGGCGCUGGAGGAGAGGAACCGCGAGAAGGCAGAGGAUAAAGCCGCCUUGGAACGGAUUAGACAGCAGAUUGCUCAGGAUCGUGCUGAUCGAGCUGCUCGUUUUGCAAAGUCUAAAGAAGAACAAGAGGCAGCAAAGGUAGCAGAAUUGCAGGCACGACAGGCUGAGAUGGAAGCUCGGAAGGAGGCUGCACAAAGAGAGAGAAGGACUGUCGCCAGGAUACAUUUCAGGCUUCCUGAUGGCUCUUCCUUUACUAAUCAGUUUCCAUCAGAAUCCCUUCUGGAAGAAGCACGACAGUAUGCAGCACAGACAGUUGGGAACACCUACGGCAAUUUUUCCUUGGCAGCUAUGUUUCCUCGAAGGGACUUUACUAAAGAGGAUUUUGGGAAAUCUUUGCUGUCUUUGGAACUUGCACCCAGCGCAUCAAUAGUCAUCUUGCCGGCUGGGAGGCCAGCAAGGUCCAUUGUGUCGUCAUCAGAUACUGGUGUCUGGGGUCUAUUGAGUACGCUGUUGUAUCCCCUCCUUGCAGUAUGGCGGUUUCUCAGCAGUUUCUUAUUUGGUAGCCCUCCGCCAGCACAACACACAGACAGAGCUCCGUAUCCACAGCAGGAUACUACAAAUUCCCAAGCAUCCAACAGUUCAGAGACAAAGAAGGACGUGGUUCGAAAACGAGUACUUGAUAAGCGAGCAGAUGAAUUUAAAAAAGAAGGCAAAAUCUACCGGUUGAGGACGCAGGACGACGAGGAUGAAAACAACACCUGGAAUGGGAACUCUACUCAGCAGAUGUAGGAGCAGGAAUGAUGGCUAAUUAUGCAGAUUUUGUUUUGUUUUGCCACAUUGCUGCAGUUGGGACUCCUGUAUUUUAAUCCACAGUCAUACUGCCACUGAUUACUUAGCUCAAUGCAUGAAAUUAGGAUCCCGAUAUCAUUUCUAAUUAAGCUUUUGUUACAGACGCUGCUCCCUGUAGAAUAAGCUUAUCUAAUAAACAUGAUUUCAGGAUUUCUUUUUUGUUGGAUAAAGACUAAACUCCGUGUCACCUUCUCAGAUACUUUUAGCACACUUUUUCCACUGAAAGCCGGGGUUUUCCAGACAGGUUUUGAUACUGUAAUGUUGCAGCAAUUUUAAAUGCCACAAUCCAUAACUUAUUUAUAUUUACUGGUUUUCUUCAUCGAUGCAGGAAGAUCCCAGCCGUUUCAUCAUCCGUUUCAAAUGUUGCCAAUAAAGGUUUAGCUUUUGCUUUUCAAUAAUAAUAAUAAUUUUUUUUUAGGGUUCCUAGAAGACUUGUUUUUGGUUUAUAAUAAUUUGUUCCAUAAAACAAUAUUUUGGGACUUAUUUUCAUCUUUUCAGCUGUGGUGUGCAAAGAAAAUAUUGAUUUAUAUAUAUAUAUAUAUUUGUAACAUGUUACUUCUAUAUAAACAUUAAUACUAUAAGAAUA